GAUGAGAAGAUUGCUAGAAGAAGGGUGGAACUUCUAGCAGAAAAAAACCAAAGGAAUCAGGAGGCUUUAGCAAAUAAGGAGCAUCAUGAAACCCCUGAGGAGGAAGACGAGUAUGAAAAUGAAGAUAUUGAAGCUAUACUUGAAGAAGAGUUUUUAGAAGAAGAAGAAGAAGAGGCUGAAGAAGAAGAGGAAACUGAUGCAGUUAACCGCAUACAAAAUGAAAUUGCAGAGAAGUUUGAUUCAGAAAUGGACAGUUUACAAGAUGUAAAGGAAGAAUUUGAAAAAUUGUUAAUACCGCUAAUCGAGAUCAAUGGAGGACAGAAGCCUCACAUCGUACACUACCAAAUACAUAGCAAGUUGAAUUCCCUAAUGGAAGAUCGUGGAAGCAUUUUUGAGAAAUGUUACCCAAUAAGUUUGCCACUUGCACAGAAGAUGCUAGUUUUCUCAUAUAAAUUUCUAAGUUCUUUUGGUCAGUGGGAUCCAGUCAAGCUAAGUGAAGGAGAGGUAAUCAAGGCACCACAAAGCCAGGAAAACACAGUCUUUCCUGUAAUCCAUCGACGAUAUAUUUAUUUCUUUUCAAGUAAAAAAAAUAAAGAAACAUUUAUGAAAAAUCCCAUCAAAUAUAUUCGUCAGCCAAAACCUAAAUCAGCUGCGCCAGUUAAGAUUGCAAUUGUGGGACCUCCAAAAUCUGGAAAGACUACAGUUGCCAAGAAAUUUGCAAGUGCAUAUGGGUUACUGCACCUGAGCAUGGGAGAUGCCCUACGGCUGGUGUUAAACAAUCAGCCCGAGAGUGAGCUGGCACUUGCAUUAAAGUCACAUCUUCACAAAGGCCUGACCGUACCUGAUGAACUGGCUGUCCAGGCUCUAGACGUGGCGCUGAUGAAUCACGUGUGUAAUACCACUGGAGUUGUAAUUGAUGGAUAUCCUGUAACAAGAAAACAAGUAAACCUCUUGGAAUCAGCUAGGAUAAUUCCAGUGAAAAUCUUUGAAUUAGAAAUGGAUGCAAAGGAAGUGUUCAGAAGAGCACUGUUGGAUGAGGAAAGCACAGACAGACCUCCCUACCCUGAACAUAACAGCUCACAGAUUCUAGCUAUUAAAAACUCCUGCUAUAAACAGCACAUUGCUGAAAUUAGGACUUACUAUAAGAAGGAGCAUCAGAACUGGUGUGUGAUUGAUGCCUUUCGGAGCAAGUGGUGGGUCUGGAACAAAGUACUGCAGGAAGUUCAAGUGGCUGUUAAAGAAAUCCAGACGUACCUGGAAAGAAUAAGAGAAGGAAAAGCAGCCAGCAUUGCUGAUUUAUGCAUCACUCCCAAGGAGCUGCAGCAUUGGCUGGGGGAGUUUGGCCAGUACUGUCCUGUCAGCCUUGCAGAAAAGGGUGAGCUGGUUGACUGCUCUGUAACGUCCUCAUUGCAGUUUGCUGCAGAAUUUCGAGGACACUAUUACAAAAUGGCCUCUCAAGAAGAACUGGAUAAAUUCUUGAGCAGACCAGAGGUUUAUGUGCCACCACUGGCACCUCGUCCUCUCCCAGCCCCAGAUCUGCUACCAAAGAGACUGACUGCGGCAGAAGUGAAGGCCUUAUUCCCUGCAAGUGCUGAAAUGCAGGGAUACUGUCCAGUCACUUACCUGGAUGGCAAACAGAGAUAUGAAGCUUUGGUGCCUGGCAACAUGGAGUAUUCAGCAAAAUAUAGAGAUAAGAUAUAUCUUUUUGAAAGCGAAGAAAAACUUCUGAAGUUUAUGAGGUUACCAGAGAAGUAUUGCAAUCUGAAGCUUCCACGUAAACUCCCUCCAAUAAAGGAGCCAAUACUACUCACUGCACUUCCUUUGGCUGGAUACGUUGAACAGGGACUAGCAACUUCUUUAAUAAAAGCUCUGAGUGAAGUAGGCUGCUUAAAGCCAAAGUUUCCAUUCCUAAGUGUAAAAAAAACUGCUCUGCUCUUUGUUGCCUGCCAUUUAAAAGCGUACAACCCGCGGAGCCCGGCGCCGGUGCGGCAGGCCUACCGCAAGCGCUUGGAGCGCUUCGUGGAGCGCUGCCAGCUACUCCCCUACCUGGGGGCGGCCAUGGCGGGCCCCCACCUCCGUCCCCUCGGCUUUGAGAGCAGCCUGCGGGAUUUCCUGGCCCUCAGGGACGGCGGCCACGGCUUGCAGUAG